CUGCCAAAGUUUUGGAGGCCACGAUUCACUUGUCGCACCCGCCAAAAAUCGGAUUGAAGCCAGUCGUGAAGCCGCCACAUUGCAUUGUCUGCAAAUACGAACCACGGUGCAAACCGCACUCUUCACCUUUCACACCCAGCUAUCGGGUUCGCCAAAUUGACCGAUUCUUUCCCGUUCUGAUGUUCGGGCACGAGUACAUCUGUUCCUCCUAAUACUUUUUGCUCCCUGUGCUCUUCGACUGGACGCCUUUGACGUUAUCUGUUGGUCGAGGAGCAAACACCAGGGCCCGAUCCGGGUUCUGAUCCUGGAUAUCCAGUCGACUUUUCGCCAUGGGUGCUGAAUAUGCCUACGACGAAGAGGGCUACCUCUGGCCCUUCUUCGUCUUCACGCUAACGCUCAUCAUCACUGUCCCUCUCACCUUCCUCUUAGUAAAGCGGUCGCGGGACCCUGCCGCCUCGCUCCAGCGCAUUCAGACCAGCUUCAAGCAUGCCCACACAGACACGGUUGACGCGCUGCGCAAGCGGGACAAGCGCAAGGACCGCAAGCUCUGGCUCAUCCUCGCUGUCAUCACUGGUUGGGCCGUAAUAGGCUACAUGCUCUACCUUAUUCAGACUACCGAGGCGCCCACACAGAAGCUUUGGAACCCUUACGACAUCCUGAACAUUCCCGAGUCAGCGACCGAGAAGCAGAUCAAGAGCACGUACAAGAAGUUGUCGCUCAAGUUUCACCCAGACAAGGCCAAGCCAGAUCCAUCCAAGAACGAGACCAUGGACGAUCUGAAUGCGCGCUAUGUCGAGAUCUCGAAGGCGUACCAGGCGCUGACAGACGAGGACGUCCGGAACAACUAUAUCAUGUACGGCAACCCGGAUGGGAAGCAGGGUUACAGCAUCAACAUCGCGCUGCCUAAGGUUAUCGUGUCGGACGGCAAUGGGAAGUAUGUUGUGCUGCUCUACUCGGCGCUCUUUGGCGUCCUGUUGCCCUACCUCGUUGGGUCGUGGUGGUACGGCACGCUCAGGCGCUCAAAGGAGGGCGUUCUCAUGGAGAGCGCAAACAGGCUAUUCCGCGAGUACAAGGACAACAUUGACGAGGGAGGCGUCGUGGCCGCCCUCAGCACCGGCAAGGAGUUCGAGGAGCUCUUCAAGGGAGACAAGAGCGACUCUGGCCUGUCCAAGGUCGAAUCGAGGAUCUUCGCAGAGGGCGCAUUGUCGCCACUGGCUGGGGGCCUGUCCGUCAAGGACAAGGAGAGGUUGGAGAACCUCGACAGUGGGCCGCAAAGGAAGGCGCUGGCGCUGCUCUGGGCUUACCUUGGCCGCAUAGAGCUCGACGAUCCCACGCUAGAGAAGGCCAAGUUUGCGGUUGCCCCAAUUGCCCAUGCUCUGAACAAGUCGUUUACGGCCAUCUCGCUCGCGUACAUGAACACGGGCCCCCUUCUGGCCUCGUACUACGCCAGCCAGAAUCUGAUACAAGCUAUGCCUCCAAAAUCGUCACCCCUCCUUCAGCUGCCCUACUUCACCCCGGCCGUCGUCAAAGCUGUUGAGGGCGACUCACGGAUCCACACCAGCAUCCAGGCCUUCAUGGACAGGCCAGACGCAAAGCGCCGCAGCCUGGUAGUCGGCAAGGGUCUGCUCACCGACGAGCAAUACCGCGAGGCGGUCGGCGUCGCCAAGCAGCUCCCCUUCCUGCGCGUCGCCAAGGCCUUCUUCAAGGUGACGGGCGAGCGGUUCAUCAUCCCCUCCUCGCUGGUGACACUCGUUGUCAAGGGCCGCUUCGUGCCCCCCGGGAGCGAAAACGUGCCCGAGGUCAACCCUGCCGACCUCGAGGACAUAGAUCCCGCCGAGGACGACCUGGACGCCAUCCUUGGCCGCAAGACUAAGAAGCAGAUCGGCAAGGACGAGAAGACGGGCAAGCCCAUCAUGGAGGAAUCAGCAGGCAGCGAUGAGCCCAUCCUGGCGCCGCUCGCGGCCGCCCCCUAUUUCGCGCGCGACCACAGCCCCAGGUGGAACGUUUUUUUGACCGACUCGAAGCAAGGGCGCGUCGCGGUCCCGCCUUUUACUUUUGCCCAGUUUGACAAGCCCAUCUUUGAACAGGACGGCAGGACGCCGACGUUUGCCAUGCAGACCCUCAAGGCGCAGUUCCAAGCCCCGCCCCAUGCCGGGCAUUACACGUUUGUGAUGCACGUCGUGUGCGACAGCUACGUGGGCUUUGACACCAAGAUGGAGGUGACGCUGAUUGUCGAGGAGGCCGAGAAGGCGGCCAAGAUGGCGGUCGAGGAUGAGAUUAGUGAGCCGGAGGAGGAUUCUCUUGCGGGCAUUAUGAACGCGGCCAAGGGUGGUGCGCCGCCGCAGCCGAAAAAGAGGAAACCUCAGAAAGAGGAGGAGGAGGAGGAGUCAGACGAGGAGAGUGGCACGGACGAUGAGGAUGAUGAUACCAGCGCGACAAAUACGGAUACUGAACCGGAGAAUUAGAGGCGCGUUUUUGUUGGUUUGUCUUUUAAGGUGUCUCUUUUUCUUGCGCUACAUAGUCCAGAUGCUUUUGUACUAAGAAUUGAUAUCUGCAUAUAAUGUACAUAAGGCGUUUUCCCUCUUGUCAAUGCUGUUGCCAAAAGUGACAUGUUCUGUUUACUUCUACCUCGCAUGACAUACUACACGCCCAUAGUGCGCCAUCAUGCAUCAUUGCAUUGCGUUGGAGGUGUCUGGUUCUGGAAUCUCUGAUGUGAGAAGCGAG